AUGAAUAUCCCCAUACUGCACUUCCGCGGGGGAGCAGAGGGAGACACUCCCCUGGUCGAAAUGUUCAAAUUUGAAUUUGACCUGGACGAUCUAACAGAUGAAAACGACGCAGCCAAGAUCCACCCUCCCGAAGCAAUCCAACCUCCUCAAGAUGGCCUCGAUAACCCAGAUGAGAAGAAAGAACCCCGUAUCCACGAUCCAUGCAUGGUGAUCCCAGUCGCAGAACUCAUCGACCAGCUGCCGCCUUUCAUAACCUAUUCCAACCUCAAGAUCACUACCUCGCUGUCGAUAUACAAGCGGGAGCUAUACGAUGCAAAGUAUCAAACCAUAGUCAACCUCGCUCAAGGAGAAGAAGAAGAAAAAGAGGAUCAAGCAGAUGAACCAGGCGAGACUAAUAAGCAGGUCGAUGAAGCCAUGGGGCAGAAGACCUUGGAUUCUCUGCAGUCGAGCUCCGAUUUGAUCCCAGGAGUCUACGAAGGCGGCUUCAAAACAUGGGAAUGCAGCCUGGAUCUGGCCACCCAUCUGGGCCCGAUUUUCGAGAAACUGGCGGAUCUUUUUUCGGAUCCAACCCGCCUGACGGUCGACCACAUUGAGAAUCGGCCCGACCUGGAUGCGCCAUACAGGAUCUUGGAAAUCGGAUGCGGGACUGCCGUGCCAACUGUUUCCCUGUGCUUCAAGUUGUUUGCAUACUUGCUCACUCUCAACCGAUCUCAUCCUCCUGUCUCCGCUUCCAAUGGAGAUAGUCAGGACGAACUCGAACCUCCAAUCCUUGAAAUCAUCCUGCAGGACUUCAAUUCAGAUGUGUUGAGGCUACUAACGUUCCCGAACAUUUUACUAGCGUUUUAUCGAGCGACUCUGAUCGCCGGCAAGUCCAAGCAGCCAGAGGUACCUCAAGAAGCUUCCGAUGCCGAAAGCACGAGCGAAGAAGGACGGGCUAGAGAAGAGAUGAUCGAAGAAGAUUUGGAGAUCACCGACGAGCUGAAGACGGAGUUUGGACUCUUUCUGCGAGAGAAUCGGAUCCGAUUGACGUUCGUGUAUGGGCCAUGGUCGACCUUCGAGCUGCCCGCCAUAUCGCCGUCCCAGACCUCGAACCCCCCUCGGACAGAAAGCGGCCGAGAGAAGGAAAUCCGGAAGGGAUGCGAAGUGAUCAUGAGCUCAGAAACAUUGUACUCCACCGACUCGCUGCCCGACCUGAUCAACGUCCUCCUAUCAUCCAAGAUCACCAGCAAGUCUCGCCUCCGGGCGCAACAAGAGGCAGAUGCUGCGGCUGUCGAGAGCACGAUUCUCAUCGCCUCCAAAGCUGUCUAUUUCGGCGUCGGCGGCGGCACCCAUUCGUUCAUCGACCUCGUCGAGAAUCGCCACAAUGGAUCCGUCUCCUUCAUCGACCUCCACCAUCCAGAUCAUCCUCCCCCUCUUUCUAACGGGGUCUCCAGAGUCCUCAUGGACGUCAAAUUCUCGGCGUAA